AUGGAUGAACUGGAAGCAAGUAUGAAUAGGAGCUCUAGGUAUACGAAUCCAUUUUUGUCUAACGAAGACGAGAAUUUACUCAAUUUCUGGAACAAUCCUGAACUUGAAACUUCAAUUUUCAGCAAUGAAUAUAAUAAUAAUAAUCAUGAAGAUGUGGUGUUCAGAAAGUCUUGCAAUGUUCCUUCUCAUUUGUUCGAGAAGACCACUGGAUUUUACGUUGAUAAGCAUUCAGUAGAAUGUGAAUUACCGGAUAUAAUAGUAUGCUAUAAAGAGCGUGAUUUUAACGUUAAGGAUGUAUGCAUUGAUGAGGGAGUACCUAAUGCGAGUACUAAUUCAAUUGAUAAUGACAAUAAAGAGAUUCUAUGCAAUUCUGCUCCUUUGAAUGGAGAGCAUGUUAAAAUGAAUGAAGGUACUCUUGAUAAUGAGUUACUUAACCAUGAAUGGUUGAGGCCUUCAACCAUGACAGAUUCUUACCUUGAUGUUGAGUUAAAAUCGUCUGUCCGAAGUUCAGCAAACAUUUAUGGUCCAGGCGUCUUGAAGAACACUUACGAUGAAGAGCUGAAUUCAAGUAACAACUCACAAGAAGAUGUCUCCUCAGAGGAGCUAGCUUCUAAUUCCAUGUUCCCCUUGGAACCAGACUGGUCACUAACAUCCCUGGAUUUCACCGAGUCCUCUAACAGUUUUGCUCAUGUUGUUGAUCAACAGCCGCUUCAGAAUUCUGAAGAGGAGUUCCUGGAAAGAGCUGUUGUAGGAUCUGAAAUAGCCAAACCAUGUAGAAGUUCGCAAAUGAAGUAUGUAGUAAAUGAAAGUGAGAUUGAGGGAAGUGUAACUUUUCAUUUUGACACCGGGAAAACAGCAACGAGUAGUGAUCCUAGUGGAGCUAUGAGACCUGAAUCCAUUUAUGGACAUCCUUUAGAGACAGAAAUUGCUUUUAACAACCAGGAUGCAUCAUCUGGUAAAGUGGCAAAUCAACAAGUGCGACAUGUUGAAGGAGAAUUAAGUUUCUCCAUGGCAGGUGUCAUUUCAGAACUCAUUUCGUGCUCCAGGCCUAUGCCAUUUUCGGGUGGCAUCUCUAAUCGAUCAGAUAGCAGUGCAACUAGCACCAGAUCCUUCGCGUUUCCCACGUAA